AUGGACAGUCGAAACUAUAUUAGCAGCACCGUCCUCCGACUGCAACCAGGUGUGUCAAUGGACACUUUCGAGGUCGCUGUUCGCACCGUCCUGAGUCGGCAUGCUGUCUACCGCAGUACUAUCGUGCCAUGCAGUGACGACAUGUCACCAUUUGCACAAGUUGUGCUGACUCCCUUGGCAUGGAAGAGAUCGGAAGCCUACAACACACGGGUUGUGCGCAGGCGUGGCACUGGAAAUACACAAUACUGGCUUCGGAUCGCUCAAGAGAAUAUGGAUUUCGACGAACAGAAGCUGUAUUACGUGCAGCUGGUUGAACCUGACGCGGGAAGAAUCGACGGCGGACUUAUCAUCAUCUCCAUCGCUCACUGCCUCUGUGACGGUGCAUCUGUUGAAGUUCUGCUCAGUGACAUUGCACGAGAGUACGCCGGACUCGAGCCCCUCCAGCGACACUCUUUGCGGGAUUCGGUGCUCGACUGGGCCCAGAAUCUAGACAUAGACACGGACCGCUACUGGCAAGACUCUUUGCGAGACUGGGAGACCGAUAGCUUCCAUGCCCUGAGUGGCGACAAUGUCAAGGCAACGGCAGAUCAGAAGUCGUUGCUAGCUGAGUACCCAAGCAGCAUUUCAUGGCCUGGUCUAGAAGUUAAAAGCCGCAAAUUGGGUGCCUCGCCGCUGGCCAUCCUGCAAGCAGCCUGGUCACUGCUGCUCGGGGUCUGGUCAGAGGCGAACAAAGGAGAAAUUGUUUUUGGGAGUGUCUUGUCAGGUCAACACGAGGCAUUCGAAGCUCCCACAUUCUCCGUUGUACCAUGUCGUGUUGCACUGCCAGAGAACCAAACACUGGGAGCGUUACUGGUCGACCUUGUCGACACUGCAAGGUUUAUGCAAAGUCAUCGCCACACGUCCUUUGGACUGUUUCGAGCGCUGCCUUAUAAUACGGCUCUAGCACUUCAGACCUACGGAACCGAGACAGAGGCAGAUGUUCCCUGGACGGUGGUUACGCAUGCGCCUAUUCGCUAUGACUUGGAUGUGUUUGCAGAGGUAGUACCUGAGGGUGACGCACUUCUGUUCAAGGUUACGUACCGCGACGAUGUUUUGUCUGAGACGAGCGCCCGGGUCAUUGUGCACCAGUUCGCUGCACUCACAGAAACGCUACUGGACGCCCGGCCAAAUGACCUGGCACAGAGUUUAUUGGCACGACUCCCGCAGGGACUUCUGUCAGUGGAAGGUUCGAUUCCAAUUCCAACAGAUCAAAGCGAGAAACAAGAGCGCAUCGACGUCCUCCACGCCCAGUUCGAGUCCCAGGCCGCCAGCACACCAGAUCUGCUGGCACUGAGUUUCUAUACGUCACUGGACACUCCACCAAUCAAUAUGACAUACGCAGAACUCGAUUCCCGUGCCAAUGGCUUGGCCAAUAUUAUCCGGCUCGAAGAUGCCGAUAUCAUCCCCAUCUGUAUGCACCGCAGCAUCGAGCUUUAUGUGUCCAUCCUGGCCAUCCUGAAAGCUGGAUCGGCAUGGUCGCCAAUUGACGAAACCUCGCCAGUGCAAAGACGCACAUCGCUCAUUUCUCGCACAGAAGGCAAGGUACUGUUGACCACGAGGAGCUCUUUUCCCCUGGUGGAGCCAUGUCUCUCCCACGAGAGUCUGGCAGACGUGCGUGUUAUCUUCGUCGAUGAUUAUGCCGGUCACACGACGAAAAACAGGCCGAUGCCACGGAAGUCUGUUGUUUCUCGCUCUGGGCAUUCGUCAUCUGGCUCAAUCACCGGGCAAGACCUCGCAUACCUUCUGUGGACGUCGGGUACCACAGGUGAGCCCAAGGGCGUCAUGAUUCAACACCAUGCGGCCGCCAACGCCAUGCGUGAUUUGCAACUAUCGGCCUACAGCUUCGACGUGUUUGUACAGGACCUCUUCUAUACAUGGGGAUUGGCCGGCAGCGUCAUCAGUGGUACUCGGGAACUCGUCCUUGGCACGUUCUCUGAGUUUGUCAAGACUGCGGCUCCCACACAUGCACAUCUAACGCCGUCAUUUGGUGCCAGCAUUGAUGUCCGUGACCUGGCAGGAUCUACACUUCGCGUUGUCACCUUUAUUGGAGAGAAGUUGACAGAGGACGUUGCCGACGCGUGGGCUGCUCCAGAGAUCACCUCAAAGGCAUACAAUACCUAUGGGCCAGCGGAAAAUGCCGUGGUAUCAACUAUGCGCCAGUUUUCUGGCAAGAGCCGCGACCGCGCCAAGGCUUCCAAUGUUGGGUUCCCGUUAACGCCUUGCACGGCAUAUGUGGUUCGUGAAGUGUUCACCUCGCCAAACGAUGAAAGUUCUAAUACCGCCAAGAAAUGGGAGCUUGUGCCCCGGUACGGCGUUGGCGAGCUAGCUCUUGGUGGUGUGCAACUCGGAAUGGGCUAUCUACACGAUGAGACAAAGACGGCCAAGUCAUUCAUCCACGGUGGUCCGCAAAUCGGCGAGCGCAUUUACUUAACAGGCGACAUGGUGCGGCUCAACGACCACGGCUUCGAGUUUCUCGGUCGCAACGACGAUCUGAUUAAGAUAAGUGGCAUUCGCAUCGAGCUCAGUGAGAUCAGUGCUGCCUGUGCCCUCGUCAAGGAGGAAGAACCUGCCGUAGAACAUGUCGAGACACUAUAUCUGCCACGACCCAACGGUGACGUUAGCCACAAAGUCAUUGUUAGUUUUGUGUCAGUCAAGGAGGCAAUGGACUACUCUCCUGACGCCACCCGCAUCCGCCGCAGGCCUACAUGGUCCCAGGUCAUGUUGCCGUCCUGA